AUGAGGCACGGAACGAGCGAGGGAACCAACUGCAUGUUCCUGACGAUCUGUCUCUGGAAGAAGCCAUCCGCCAAUCAAAGGAUGGAAGUCUUCUGUCCCCUCGCGCCACUCAACAAGGUCAACAUUCAAGCAAACGGGCAGGUGACUGUCAAGGGUAACUGGAUCCUCAGCAACGACGUCGGAGGAUCUUUCAAGGGAAUUUCUUUCUGCUGCCACGAGGGCGACUGUCUGCGCAUCGAUAGAGGCAGGAAUGCUGUCAUGAGCACAGGGGGGAGCGCAAGCUUUCAUGGCUGUAACAUAGGGCGAGCAAGAUGUGCGGUUGCUGCUUGUGGAAAAGCCUCAGUCACCAUCGAAAGCAGCAAAGUUCACUCAGCUCACUUCGCCAUUGGCGUAGGGGACUCUGCAGCGUUGCACGUGCGAGGAACCCAAAUAUGCUCGAACAGAGACACGUUUUCCUCUCUUGACAAAACACAAUGCUCCCUUACAGUCACCGACUGCAAAAUCCACGAGAACCUGUGCCUUUGGCCCGAUGGACAUCGGCCGAACAAGGUGUGUUUUGAGAGGAAUUCCGACGACAAAGGGAAUUCAGUAGAUUUCUCACGAUAA